AUCAGCCUGGAGAAAUCAGAUAAGACGCAUUCUGCAACCCCUUGACCGUUGGGCCAAAAGCAUCCAGCCGAGAUUAGGCUACCCGCACGCCAGGGGCGCGUCACGUGACGCAGGCCGGGGGUGCAAAGCAGGGAGCACGCGUCACCCGCGCGGCCUUAGCAACCGAGUGCGUCCAAAGGGCCCAACAUAGCAACCGGCAGCAGGUCGCUCGCGUCGAACGAAGGUGGCAGGUGCGCUCUCGUCGACGCAGUGCCCCCCUACCUACCUACCUACCCUAGCAGUCGCGACCAGGGUGCGUUCGCGUGAUGACCUGCGGGCAUGAGCGGCAAGAGGAAGCCCGUGCUUGAGGCGCGCUCCGUCGAGGACGACUCGCUGACCGAGGUCGAGGACUGCAGCUCGCCGGACAGUUGCGGCUCGGGGCCCACCUACGGGCCCAGGCGGCCCGGCUUCAAGCACCACGCGCACCACAAGAACAAGAACAAGCCCGAGCCGCUGCCCCCGAGGCCGCAGGUCAAGAGAGACCCUCUGCCGAUGAAACUGCGAGCCCUGCCCCACUCCUUUUGGGUGCAGCCAAAUAAGCCAGCCAACGUGUCGCCAGGGUCUGUCUACCCUGUGCUUCCGCCCCUGACGCGCGACACCGACUCUUCGGACAACCGGCCCGAGAUGUCGAUCGUGACCGCCGCCAACACUGACCUGCUCUUCAGCCUCUUCAAGGGCGUCGAGCAGGAGGUCGCCGCCAUUCCGCCCUUGCGGAGGAAUCGACCCAAGAAGACGCCGUCCACCCUGAUGGCCAGGGUGCUCAAAGACGAUGACCCUUGCCUGGGCAGUGCCGCCGACCACGCGGCCUUGCCUUUGCUGCGGCAACCAACGUUCUACGAAAAGAUUCCCAUGCACAGCCAGGUUUUGACAAUGCCUACAAGGGAUUGUGAGAAGACAAUGCUGCCCUCGCUGGACAACAGCUACUCGCAGCUCUUGUCCGAGUUGGUGAUCAGACUGUGACCUGACCGAGUGACCAACAACAGUCUGCAGUCAGACGCUAAAGAGACACUCGAAUAACGUUUCGUCGACAGAAGAAAUAAUAACGUUCCUUAGUCAGUAAACCCCGUCCAUCCACACUGUCGAAUAUAAGUCAUAUUUUGUAAAAAAAAAAAAAUGACAAAAAUCUAGUCUUAAAAAUUGUAUAAAUUCAAUAGUUUCGCCAUAUAAGUAGAGAGAGGUUUUCAUUCUGGUCAUUUUUUUCCGACGUGUGUUGUUUUGUAUUCAGUUUAAUUGUAGCAUUAAAGCUAAGUGAGCAGUAAAUGUGAUGGAGAAAAUAUAUCUUACCAUGAGUAGACUUCAAAUUUAACAAAUCGUAAAUUAUAAAU